AUGUUAAUAUAUGAAUACCGUGUUAUUCUGCCUCUUACUGUUGACGAGUAUCAGAUUGCUCAACUGUAUGCCGUAGCGAAGGCAUCUAAAGAACAAACUGGAGGGGGUGACGGCGUUGAGGUCUUGCAAAAUUGUCCCUUCGAUGAUAAAGUUUUCCCUCCGAAAUCUCCACUUCUUGAUGGCUUUGAAACAGGGCAGUACACACACAAAAUUUAUCAUGUGGCGAGCAAAUUGCCAUCAUUUGUCUCGGCUCUCCUUCCCUCCAGUUUGAUGACAUUCAACGAGAUUGCGUGGAAUGCUUACCCCUACUGCCGAACUGUUUUAACGAACGACUUUUUUGAACAGAAGUUGGAGAUAAAGAUCGAAUCUCUGCAUUCCGCUGACAUAACACUCGAAAACGCGCACAACCUCCCUAGCGAUUUACUAGCCAAAAGAAAGAUAAUAUAUGUAGAUAUCUCUACCUCUGCCGCAGCUGGUGACACAAACCCCGGAGAGGAUCCGACUGAAUAUGUCUCUAAAAAGACCAAAAGAGGUCCACUGCCAAAGGGGCGAUGGUGGGAGAAAAAACACAACUGUCCCGUCAUGUGCGCUUACAAAUUAGUGACGUGUGAAUUUAAGGUAUGGGGUUUCCAGGGCCGUGUUGAAGAUAUGAUUCAGCGCCAAGAAGAACGCGUCUUCACAAUCCUUCACCGUCAGCUCUUCUGUUGGACUGACGAAUGGUACGGCAUGACGAUGCGAGAUAUUCGCAAAUUGGAGGACGUCACCAAAGGUGAACUCGAAACUCGUCGAUCCUCCCAACUGCGAGGCUUGAAAAUAAAUGAGUCGUAG